UCAGGAUGUGGUUGUGGGUGUGUAGGCGCUGAUGUAGAAGUUCAGGAUGUGAAUACAUGAUGGGUAAUUGCCAUUGCUAAUGUAAAAAGGAUACAUACCCUAAGCACUAUGCCGUCUCACUCAGCACCACGAUAUGUUGCAACUAAUUACUCAAAUUAGGUUUUUUAUUUUAAAGAUCAAUGAGAUCAUGAACCAAAGUUCUCUUAGAACUUUCAUACCGGGCCGAAAAUUCCGUGGGCCGAAAUUCAUGUAACCCUGAUGUAUGAUUAAAUUUUAAAAUUGAUAUAUCAUCAACAAAUGAUCAUUAUGAUUUCAUAUUUGAAGAUGUUGUGGCAUGUACAUUGAUAUAUAGUUAUUUUUCUUUAUUUAUUAUCUAUAAUUUUAUUUAAAGGAAAAAGGUUACGAAUCUGAUAUAGCUAUUAAUGAUGUUGCAUUAAGUCAAAGUGGUAAUUGUGCUUUUUUUACUUCAAUAACUCAAGUACUUGUUACACUACAAGAAAUUGUUUAUGAAUGUGAUUUUGAAGAGAAUACAUUUUGUGAUUGUAUAUGUCCAUCACCACGUGUAGUCAAGUUUGAAGAUUCAUUAAUAUGUGUUUAUCAAAAUGAUGCUACAGUUGAUUUUACAUGGUCAAAACAUAGAGAUGCGAUUUCACCAUCAACAACAGAUGCUACAAAUGAUCAUAUAUGA